AAAAAAACAGAAUAUAAAAAGAGACAAUCAACACCGAACAUUAUACGGGAAGAUAGCCGGCAUAUGCACGUAAUGGGAUGGGGUAACACCAGUUUAACGUGCACGCAAAUUAAUUUAUCCUUUAUCAAUCUAGAACGUAUGUUGUAAAACUAAAAUACACAAUUAAAACCCUACUGGUGCGGCUACCAACGGGAUGACCCCAACUUGAACAUGAAAUGAAAUACUGCUGUUCUCUUUUUUGUCGUUGUUUUAUUUUUUUACAAUGGCGUUGUCUGUUUUAUUGGACUUAUAAUUUUUCAUUUACCCGCUUGGUAUCUCCUCUCUCUAUGUGCGUAUACAUAUAAUGUAAACAUGGUUAUGUCAUGACUAUGUAAUAAAACUAGUUUAAUUUGCAUCCAGCAAUAUUAUAAGCACGUCCAAUUUUAUCGUCGCAUUAAUUGCAUCGCCAGUCCAUACAAAAAAUGAUAAUUCAUUACAAAAUAUACAUAUAAAUUCAAUGCGUAUGUGACUUUCAAAGAUAACAUGGUCAUGAAAAAAUAGUUAUGCAUAAUAAGUCGUUAUAAUUAUGCAUUUCAGAAAAUAUGUCCGUUUCAUUUUCUGGAUGUGAACAACAUGAACAUGAAGAAGUUCGUUUCUUCUGCCAGGACUGUAAAUUAUUGGUAUGUGAUGACUGCAUCACAGGGCCCCAUAAAAGUCACAAAUUUAUGAAACUCAAAGAAUUUGGAACCAAAUGCAGGAACUCUCUUCUUAAGGCCAUAACAGAGGCAGAAGAUUCCAAAAUCCCUCACAUAAAAGAGUCCAUAUCAAAGGCAUCAGACGUACAGACCAUCCUUAACACGUCCGUCAGUGAGCAAGUCGAAAUCAUAAGAACGAAGCGGCAGAUGAUAAAUGAUACAUUUGAUGAAUUACAGAAUGAAUUAAUUGAAAAUCUGAAUUCAGAAGAAAAGAUUGCUGACAACGAGUAUAAACGGUUUAUUAAAACACAAGAAAAACGUAUAGUCGAUAUUCAGGCAAUACUCGAAACCUGUAAAACGAAGAGUAAUGAUAUACCUGACACAGACAUUGCUAAGUAUCACGUGACAUUAAAGAAACUGCUUGAACACGACCCAUAUACCGAUACCAUACCAAACUUACAAGUCCCGAUCUACCAGUUUAACGAAGAAUUUGCAACCAAAAGUAAACUGCGGCACAUAAUGGGUUAUACUGAAGCUGGAAUCUAUGAAAUGCUACAACCCAUCAAAAGUCAAGAGACGGCAAGUGUUAAAAGCGAGGAUUCCGAGAUUAUGGCACCUCAAAACGAGGAAUUCGAAGAAAAAGAAGAACAACACAUCUCUUAUGUAAAUGCAAUUAAGUGGAAUAAGGAAGAACUCCAGUUAGUGGUGUCUUUUACAAGUGGAAAAGACAUAGUUUGGAUUGUCCCUCAAGAGCUGGAAUUAUGCGCUUGGCUGAUCGCUCGUGAUGUGAAUGAAGUAGAUUGCAGAGGAGCCAAAAUAACUUUAAAAACAUUGAAAAAUCUAGACCAGGUUCCAACCACAGCUGGUGUUAAUACCAAAAAUAGUUUGGUGAUCGGCUUUUCGAACAAGAAAUCUUUAAAACAGUUGAACUGUUCUACUUCAGCAGUCACAAGGAAAACCUCGUUUUCACUUUCAUCUAGUAUUAACAUAGGAGAGCUAGGUUUAUGUUGUAUUUGUAAGUCUGCUACGAACGGAGACGAGCUUAUGAUCUGUCUUUUUGACAAGUCUGCAGGUGAACGUGGAAGGUAUGUGGUACGUCGGCACACCAGUGGCAAGUCAGUUGCAAGAGAACUGUCCCUAUACCCAGACAAAGUUGAGAUCACAAAUCCUGUUCAAAUAAGCGAAAAUAAAGAUGGCUUGCUCUGCAUUGUAUGUCGUCCAGAAAAGGAGUCGUGGGUUCUUGUCGUUGAUAAAAAUGGAAAUCAGCGAUUUUGUUUUUCGUCAGUUUCAUAUCCUGGUGAAUCAGAAGACUACGAUAUUGUAGGUGCAGGAUUCCUUAGUAGAUCUUUGGUCACCAUAACUAGUCGAUCAAAACGUGAGCAGUAUUUAGUCAACAUUGACGGACAGUGUAUUCAGAAGGAUAAACUUGGAAAUAACCCUAUCUGUUGCACUGUAAGCAGUCAGGACUAUGUGUGGGUUGGAUUUGAUGGCGGAGAAAUUGCCAUAUUCAAAUACGCUGAAGACCAUGUUUAUUCAUCAAUUGAACCAAAAACGCAUAUGUAACAAUCGAAAAAUUAGUUAAACAAUAAAAUAAUGGCAUGAAAAACAAAGUAUAAACCCCGUGUGAUCGUCGUGUGAUACACUUGAAUCAUUGUAUACUUGUCUAUUACAAUAAACAAAAAUGUAACUUUUAUACAUUUUUUUAUAAAUUAACUAUUGCAUAUCAUUUUUCAUGUAUUACAUACAAUGAUUGGAUUAUAUUUGUUCCCUACUUUAUCAAACCGUAGUAUAUAUUGUGAUAUGCUCAAAGAUAUAAUAAAGUGCUAGGUCAUCUUGUUUGUUUUCAAGCUACAGCUUCUACUUAAAUGACACAUUUUAUAUGGAUUAUACAGAGAAAAAGAUUCAUAAUAUGAAUGGAACAAAAACUAAAUGAUAUAUCAGAUGAUAGAUCUUGUCUUAUGUUUUCAGAAUAUUAAAAGAACAAGAUAGUUACAUCUUCUAAAUAUGCUUAAUGAAAAAAAAAAUCAAAUCAAGCAAACAUAUUCUUCUUUUAUAACAAAUGAUUCAUUAUAAAUUAAAAUCACAUAAAUUUGUUCAUUUACAUGAACAUUUUUUUGUAGUUUGCACUCCUGCAUUGAUUUUUAAAAAAAUCUAGACCUAUUGUGUUCAGCUAUUUUACAAUCCAAGAUACUUUUCUUUUAGAGGGGUUACGGAGGACCUUAAUGCCAAAAUACGAGUGAAAAUUAAGAAAUAGUCAAUUUUGGAUAAUGGAAUGGAUAUUUUUAAUAAUGGAAAGGACUGCUGUGAUCCUUCAGCCUCUAAUUACAGAUAUACCUUAUACGUCAUUCGAAAGCUUAUCAAUAGAGGAACAGAAGGUAUAUAGUCAAUAUGAUCCGCAACGCCUAUUUAGAGGAGUUACGGAGGACCUAAAUGUCGAAAUACGCAUGAACAUUAAGAAAUAGCUUAUUUUGAAUAAUAGAAUGGACUGUUGCAACCCUUCAACCCUUAAUUACAGAGAAACCUUAUAUUCAAUUCGAAAGCUUAUCAAUAGAGGAACAAAUGGUUAUAAUCGAUUUGUGCCGCAAUGCCCAAAAGGGGUUAAGGAGGACCUAAAUGCCAAAAUACGCUUGAAAAUUAAGAAAUAGCCAAUUUUGGAUAACAGAAUGAAUAUUUUGAAUAAUGGAAUGGACUGCUGCGACCCUUCGGCCUCUAAUAAUAGAUAUACCUUAUACGUCAUUCGAAAGCUUAUCAAUUAAGGAACAGAAGGUAUAUAGUCAAUAUGUUCCGCAACCCGCAUUAGAGGGGUAACGGAGGACCUAAAUGCCAAAAUACGCGUAAAAAUUAAGAAAUAGUCAAUUUUGAAUAAUGGAAUGGAUAUUUUGAAUAAUGGAAUGGACUGCUGUGACCCUUCAGCCUCUAAUUACAGAUAUACCUUAUACGUCAUUCGAAAGCUUAUCAAUAGAGGAACAGAAGGAAUAUAGUCAAUAUAUUCCGCAACGACUAUUAGAGGAGUUACGGAGGACGUAAAUUUCGAAAUACGCGUGAAUAUUAAGAAAUAGCUUAAUUUGAAUAAUGGAAUGGACUGUUGCGACCCUUCAGUUCCUAAUUACAGAGAAACCUUAUGCCCCAUUCGAAAGCUUAUCGAUAGAGGAACAAAAUGGUUAUAAUCAAUAUGUGCUGCAAUGCCCAUUAGAGGGGUUACGGAGAACCUGAAUGCCAAAAUACGC